AUGGCGGAUGCUCAGUACUACUAUUUGCUGCUUGUGCUCAUGCUGGUGUUUCCUCCUCCUCCUCCUCCUCCUCCUCCUCCUCCUCCUCCUCCUCCUCCUCCUCCUCCUCCUCCUCCUCCUCCUCCUCCUCCUCCUCCUCCUCCUACUCCUCCUCCUCCUCCUCCUCCUCCUCCUCCUCCUCCUCCUCCUCCUCCUCCUCCUCCUCCUCCUCAUCCUCCUCGUCCUCCUCGUCCUUCUCCUCCUCGUCGUUGUCGUCAUGGUCGUCGUCGUCGUCGUGGUCCUCCUCCUCCUCCUCCUCCUCCUCCUCCUCCUCCUCCUCCUCCUACUCCUCCUCCUCCUCCUCCUCCUCCUCCUCCUCCUCCUCCUCCUCCUCCUUCUCCUCCUACUCCUACUCCUCCUCCUCCUCCUCCUCCUCCUCCUCCUCCUCCUCCUCCUCCUCGUCUUCCUCCUCAUCCUCGUCCUCCUCCUCCUCUUCCUCCUCCUCCUCCUCCUCCUUUUCCUCCUCCUCCUCCUCCUCCUCCUCCUCCUCAUCCUCCUCCUCCUCCUCCUCCUCCUCUUCCUCCUCCUCUUCCUCCUUCUCCUCCUGCUCCUGCUCCUGCUCCAGCUCCUCGUCCUGGUCCUCCUCGUCGUCGUCUUCCUCCUCCCUGCCCUCUUCCUCCUCGUCGUCGUCGCCUUCCCCGUCCUUGUCACACCUGUUCUGUUGCUGCUCGAUGGCGAGGCAGAUGCUCACUACUACCAUUCGCUGCUUGUGCUGGUCCGGUUGCUUCUUAUCGAUGCUGA